AUGCAGCCAAAUAAUAGUGUCACUGAGUUUGUAUUGUUAGGAUUGACACCGGAUCCUAUGAGACAGAAAAUAGUGUUUGUAAUCUUCUUCAUUUUCUAUAUGGGAACUCUGGUGGGCAAUCUGCUUAUUAUUGUGACCAUCAGGUCCAGCCAAACACUUGGGAGCCCAAUGUACUUCUUCCUGUUUUAUUUGUCCAUUGCCGAUACCUGCUUUUCAACUUCCAUAGCCCCUAGACUCAUUGUGGAUUCUCUGUCUGCAAAGAAAAUCAUAUCUUACAAUGGGUGCAUGACUCAAGUCUUUGCAUUACAUAUAUUUGGCUGCAUGGAGAUCUUUGUCCUGAUCCUCAUGGCUGUUGAUCGCUACAUGGCCAUCCGCAAGCCACUGCAUUACCCAACCAUCAUGAGGCGCCAGGUCUGCAUCAUCCUGAUUGUUCUGGCAUGGAUAGGGUCUUUUAUACAUUCUAUGGCUCAGAUUAUCUUGGCCUUGAGACUGCCUUUCUGUGGCCCCAAUCUGAUUGAUCACUAUUGCUGUGAUUUGCAGCCCUUGUUGAAACUUGCCUGCAUGGACACUUACAUGAUCAACCUGCUCUUGGUGUCUAACAGUGGAGCUAUUUGCUCCAGCAGUUUUGUAAUUCUGAUGAUCUCAUACUUCAUUAUCCUGCGUUCCCUGAGAAACCAUAGUGCAGAAGGGAGGAAAAAAGCCCUCUCCACUUGCACUUCCCAUAUCAUUGUAGUCAUCUUAUUCUUCGGUCCAUGUAUAUUCAUGUACACACGCCCCCCAACCACUUUCCCCAUGGACAAGAUGGUGGCAGUAUUUUAUACCAUUGGAACACCCUUCCUCAAUCCACUCAUCUACACACUGAGGAAUGCAGAAGUGAAAAAUGCCAUGAGGAAAUUAUGGCAUGUCAGAAUUACCUCUGAAAGCAAAAGAUGA